UCCACCACCUGAAUAUACGAUAUUCACAGACCUCAUCAAUUCUUUCUUAUGGACGAACCCUUGGCCCUAACCUCGACCCAAUGAUCUCCUAGCUAGCCUAGUUAUUGUAACGAAAUGGAUGGAAACAACAAAGUGGAGUUCUUGAUCCAGGCCGCAAGGUUUUCAUAGUUAAAAUCUUCUUUCUCCGUGACACACACAAAUGCCUGCACCACCGGAUCCAAGGCCCGGAAGCGCGUUCAUAUGGCUCAUCUCUUCCGUCUUGUUUCUCUCUAUUGCCGCCGGAGGCGGCUGCCUUGUAGUAUAUAUGUUGCAACCUGAUUCACCUUACGCAACCUGGCUUCCCUUUGUCGGGGUGGCAUUCGUUUGCCUUCCUUGGUUGUUUUGGGUGCUCACAUGUUUCUAUCGACUAAUUUCCCGGGCAUUUGGAUUUAGGGUUGGCGUUGCUCCCAGCGGAGGUGGAGGUGGUGGUGGUGCAUAUAAAGGAGGAGCCUAUGCUGCAGGCGGCGCCGGUGCCGGCGGUGGUGGUCCAAAUGCGGCGAAUGCAGCUAAUAACAAAGUGGCUAUUGACGAGGCUCAUGCAGGCAGCGUAGAGCCUCCGGUGAGGUCGUCCCCGGAAAGUGAAGCAAGAAGGCGGGCUCAAUUCGAAGCUAUCCUGGCCUUGGACGAUCAAGAUGGCCAUGGCAGCUCAGAAGAUCGGACGACGGAUAUGAAGAAAACUAGCUCAUUAUCUGCACGCCUUUCUCGCUGCAACGAUUCGUCUGUGGCUUCUCACGAGAGCGAAAUGCCUUUGGCCUCAUCAAUGGCAUCUUGAUCAGAUCAUAUAUGGGUAUAUAUAAAGCAAUUAAUAUAUAUGGCGGCCGGUUAUGAUCUUCAUCAUGUACGCAUCAUGCAUGGUGGCCUCGGAAUUAUGAUUAUGGGCGCCUGACAGAACAAAUUCUCUGAAUGGAUAUAUAUCAGUUUUCAACAAAUUCUCUGAUACAAUCUAACUUUGUUUUGAGUGUACGUACGUACCUACACCCACACAUAUACAAUAUUGAUCUUCUUGAUCGUAGAUUGAUGUAGAUAUACUGCUCUUUUGAUAAAUACAGAUCCUGUUUUUAU